UUCUCUUCUCAGGCUGAUCAGUUAUAGUUGGCAUUUCUGAUACUUGUGUGUACGAUAAAUGUGCACGCUGAUAAAUGAAUUGAUUCAACAACCACUGAACAGUAAAGAGACAUGGAAGCUGUGGUGGGACUGCUGGUGAUGCUACUUGGAGUCUCUCAUGGUUUGGAAACUCACUGUGAUGCUAGAGUGAAUGGAACUCAGUGUUAUGGAGCUUUGGGAGGAACUGUGGUCCUCCAGCUGAUGGACACUGCCUCAGAAAUACCGAGAUACCAAUGGAGAAAGGAUGCAUCAAGAAUACUCAUAGGCAGAAAGAAUGACGUUCUAGUUAAUUCCAUAUCAAGCAGAUCUGACUUUACUCCCAGUAAUGGAACAUUCAGGAUCAGUAACCUGAGCAGGACAGACAGUGGAGAAUAUACACUUGAAAUCUUUAAUUCAAAUGGAGAGAAGACAGCAGAAAGGACUCUACAUUUGUCUGUUCAAGCUCCUGUGUCCUCUGUGCGGCUGGUCUCUGAGUGUCUGUCCCAGGGACAGAUGAGGAUGUCCUGCUCCUCUGUGGGAGGAGACAGUCCUCAGUACAGCUGGACUCUGGGUGGACGUGAACUGACAGACGACGAACUCCUCUCUGGAAAUACUGAAGCUGAAAACAUCACUCUGAAUGCAAACAUCUCAGGAUAUCUGGCCUGUUCUGUCAGGAAUCACGUCAGUAGUGUUUGUGGCCUCAUAUUCAGUAACUGCACCUCAUCCAAUGGAACACAAACGUCAAAGAUGGAGCUUGUAUCCAAUGACAUUGUGUGUAUUGCACCAACACCGUCCACCACGUCCACAGUUGGCAAGGACACUGGCAUAGAGUCAAUUAAACCCUCCACGAAUAUCACAUCCUCCAAAGAUGAGCCAUGUUACGAUCAGUCUCUGCUCGUAUGUGGUUUGCAAGCAGGAGUGUUCAUUCUCUCAGUAGCUGCGAUUUCCAUCUUUUUCACCUGCAAGAGAAAGAAAUGCAAGAAAGCUGAAGCCCUUGCUGUCGCACAAACCACCGAAUAUCCAGAGAACUCUGUUGUGAUGGUUGAAAUGUGAAGUUCUGCAUCUUAAACUC